CAAGUUUUAGUCAAAAUUCAUCAGGAUGGUGUCUAUAUGCAAGAUUCAAGUACGUUGAAUUAGACGUCCGUUGCUACAUAUAUCAGCUAGUGCAGUAGCCUAACGUUAGGCGAGCAGAACAUAUAUAAUGGGCUUUCUCCCUUCGCGCGGAAAAGGCGAAGGAGUUUGUGCGCUUGAAGUUGAUGUGAAGGGGCGUCACAACACGCCUGGUUCUCAUUUGCUUGCGCAUUGUGCAAUGAUACAUGGAAAAUUAUUGAAAAGGUUAGUCCAACAUGCAGACAUGUACCAUUUGUAA